GAGUGUUGGAAGCUGCGCAUUUCCAUAGAAAAGAGAGAGCCAUACAGGCUGCCUAAUCUUGAACUCAUCACCUGCGCAACAAUGCAGGUCCCGCGCGCAGUUGGUAAAUUUCUCCUCUUUGUCGGUUUCCUUGGCGGCCCGCGAGAGUGAUAAGCAGCCUAUGUUGGUAUAUCCAGCCAUGUGGUAAAGUCGCCGGCUAAAUCGGGGUAAAUUCGACAAUUGCGUGGUCCCAGAUUUCAUUAGACCCGGCUCAGCAUCAUCACCUCGACAUUGGUAGAGCGGCGCGGACACGCCAAGGUCGGGAUGAGGGGAAGCGGGAUUUUAUAUCUAGGGGACAAACAUCCUCUUCUCGAGCUGGAUCUGUCGUCCCGAGUUCAUCCUCGAUUCAUAUCGUCCUUGUCCGUUAUAGUCUCCAGACCGCAGACUUUGCCAUCUCGACAUAUCCCAGCCCAAAACCACAAGUAGUCCGUGUCGCAAAAAAUGGCCCCCUUGAUAACCAACCUCUACACGGCGGACCCGUCGGCCCACGUCUUCAACGACAAGAUCUACAUCUACCCGUCGCACGACCGCGAGACCGACGUCAAGUUCAACGACAAUGGCGACCAGUACGACAUGGCCGACUACCACGUCUUCUCCACUGACAGCAUCGACCCGGCCGGGCCCGUCGUGGACCACGGCCUGGCCCUGCGCGCCGAGGACAUCCCCUGGGUGUCCAAGCAGCUGUGGGCCCCCGACGCCGCCACGCGCGACGGCAAGUACUACCUCUACUUCCCGGCCCGCGACAAGCAGGGCAUCUUCCGCAUCGGCGUCGCCGUGUCCGACAAGCCCGAGGGGCCCUUCACGGCGGACCCGGAACCCAUCAAGGGCUCCUUCAGCAUCGACCCGGCCGUCUUUGUCGACGACGACGCCAACCAAGAGGCGUACAUGUACUUUGGCGGGCUGUGGGGCGGCCAGCUGCAGUGCUACCAAAAGGGCAACGACGUGUUUGACGCCUCGCUCCAGGGGCCCCAAGAACCCUCGGGCGAGGGCGUGUACGCGCUGGGGCCAAAGGUGGCCCGCCUGACGCGCGACAUGCACCAGUUCGACGAGGAGGUGCGCGAGAUCGACAUCCUGGCGCCCGAGACGGGCGAGCGCAUCCUGGCCGACGACCACGACAGGCGCUUCUUCGAGGCCGCCUGGAUGCACAAGUACAACGGCAAGUACUACUUUUCCUACUCCACCGGCGACACCCACUACCUGUGCUACGCCGUCGGCGACUCGCCCUACGGCCCGUUUACGUACGGCGGGAGGAUUCUCGAACCCGUCCUGGGCUGGACCACGCACCACUCCAUCGUCGAGUUCAGGGGCAAGUGGUACCUGUUCCACCACGACUGUGAGCUCAGCGGAGGGAUUGAUCAUCUGCGUUCAGUCAAGGUGUGCGAGAUCUUUUAUGACAAGGAGGGCAACAUGUCGACGCAGAAGCCGGCAGAGUAAGGGGUCUGCGCUGGCAAAACCACAUUUUGUACAUUAACUCACGGCAAUAAGAACAUAAAGUACGCAUCAUCAAAUCAUGCUGCCGUGAAAUUGUGCGUUUUACAUAGACACAACAUCCUCUGGGUUAUAACCAGUUACACCCCAGGUCUAGACCUAAGCACCCCCAAUGUUCACUGCACCGAAGCCAUCACACUCUCCAUCCAAGGGUAGACGGCACCGUUGGCCAAGGGGUAG